UUUUUUAAAACUUUUCUUGCACUUUCCCAUUCUUUCUUCUCUUGAAAGUUAGAACCCAAACAGAACAAACAAAUUGCAAAUACACACAUUUUAUCUUUCUACAUCUCACAAUUAUGGAGAAUGGUUCCUCGUCUCCUCGAAAUGAUGCGUUUCCUGCUGGUCUCCGUGUGCUCGUCGUCGACGAUGAUCCCACCUGGUUGAAGAUCCUUUCAAAAAUGCUCAAUAAGUGUUCUUAUGAAGUGACAACAUGUGGUUUAGCAAGAGAAGCUCUGAACCUGCUUCGGGAGAGGAAAGAUAGUUAUGACAUUGUGAUCAGUGAUGUAAACAUGCCAGACAUGGAUGGUUUUAAACUUCUAGAGCAUAUCGGACUUGAAAUGGAUCUUCCUGUGAUUAGUCAGUUUUUUGCCAUGAUGUCUGUUGAUGGAGGAGCAAGUAGAGUAAUAAAAGGCGUUCAGCAUGGAGCAUGCGACUAUCUCCUUAAGCCGAUACGAAUGAAAGAACUUCGAAAUAUAUGGCAGCAUGUAUUCAGAAAGAAGAUAAAUGUGGUGAGAGACAUUGAAAUUCUUGAAGGAAUGGAAAGUAUACCAAUGGGGGUAAGAAAUGGAUCAGACCAAUCCGAUGAUGGGCACUUUUUUUGUGGAGAGGAUUUUACUUCAACCAAGAAAAGAAAAGAUGUCGAAAACAAGCAUGAUGACAAAGAUCCUGGUGACAAUUCUUCCACAAAGAAAGCCAGAGUAGUUUGGUCCGUAGAUCUUCAUCAGAAAUUUGUCAAAGCUGUAAAUCAGAUAGGAUUUGAUAAAGUUGGUCCUAAGAAAAUACUCGACUUGAUGAAUGUACCAUGCUUGACAAGAGAAUCUGUUGCAAGCCAUUUGCAGAAAUAUCGUCUCUAUUUGAGCAGAUUGCAGAAGGAAAAUGACUUGAAAACUUCUAUUGGUGUGAUAAUGGAUUCAGACUCAUGUUUGAGAGAUUCUGCUGGUAGUUCUGGUACCCAGAAAUCCGUCAACAAGCAGCAGAGCGAUGGUAAUGACUUGAAAACUUCUGUUAGUGUGAUAAAGGAUUCAGAUUUACCUUUGAGAGAUUCUGCUGAUGGUUUUGGUACCCAGAAAUCAAUCAACAUGAAACAGAGCGAUGCUUCAAAUUACAGCUAUGGAUUUCCUGGACAACCCUGCUUCAAAUACAAUUAUCCUUCAAGUGACUCCUGUCAAAGUGAGGGCACCCAGUCUUCACCGGACAUCCUGCAUUAUGGUGUUCUGCAGGAUAGCUUUCUUCUCCACAAUGUGGAACCCAAAAGCUAUGGAAGUGAUCAAGAAGAAACCAUUUCAAUGGCUGAUCCUUGGAAAGAUGACGGGGUGGCCACGGUUCCGGAACCGGAAUUCCGGAACCGACGGUUCCUGUUCCAUAAAAUUUAUAAUCAGAACCAAACUGAAAAUUAACGGUUCCGGUUAUGGUUUGAAACCGAACGGUUUCAGUUCCUCAAUGGUUCUAAAAUCGACAGUUUCAGUCAAUUUUUUGCCCGGUUUCAGACGGUUCCGACCGGAACUAGAACAGUCGGUUCCAACUGAAAUUAGAACCGUCAAUUCCCAGUUCCAAAACUGAUGGAACCGGAACUGAUCCGAUUCGGACCGGUUCCGGUUCCGGUUCCCACCGGUUCGGAACCAACGGAACGUAACUUUAUCGACACAGUAGAACCCCUUUGAGAGGGUGAAGAAUUAUAUAUAGCAAUAGCAAUGCAUUAUUGUUUAUGUUUUUUUUUUUUAAUCUCUAAUACUGUAAUUCUUUUCUCUUUGUAUUAUCUAUAAAUAGACCUAUGAAAUCAUUCAUAAA